GUCUUUUCGUUUAGACUUUAAUCUAGGUCACUAUGACAGAGUUUGGGGAAAUCCUGAAAAAUGUUGGGGAAUAUGGUCGAUUUCAGAAAAUAUUGGUUUUUAUGCUGUGUUUACUUAGUUUCUUCAAUGCCUUCCACAUGUUUGGACAAGUGUUUAUGGGAAUAUCAGUGCCACAUCAUUGCAAUACCAGCUGGAUUUUAGAAAAGUAUCCAAAUGUAACUGAGGAACAUCAGUUGAAUUUAACCAUCCCUCGUAAUACAGAGGGCAGCUAUGAGCAAUGCCUCAUGUACACCCCGGUGGACUGGGAUAUGGAAUCCAUUGAAAGGUAUGGACUGAACAGCACACAGGUCUGCCAGGAUGGAUGGGUGUACGACACGUCACAGCAGAAGUCAACGCUGGUCACAGAGUUUAAUCUUGUCUGCCACAGAAAAGAACUAACAGAUAUAUCUCAGUCUGUAUACAUGGCGGGACUCCUCAUAGGAUCCAUUAUGUUUGGACCGUUAGGGGAUUGGAUUGGGAGACGUCCAGUCAUAUUAAUCUCAAUGUUGUUGAUGAUGGCGUUUGGUGUUGGAGCAGCGUUUGUGUCAGAUUUUUACGUCUAUACAGCCCUCCGGUGCGUUGUGGGAAUGGCCAUGUCGGGGGUCCUGAUCAACAAUCUUGUGUUAGUUGCUGAGUGGGUGGGAUCGUCUCAGCGCGCCUAUGCCACCAUCAGCGGCCAUGUUUGUUUUGCAGUAGGACAAAUGGUUUUGGCAGGAUUUGGUUAUGGCUUCAGGAACUGGAGGUUGUUGCAGAUAGUUUGCUCAGCUCCAACUGCCCUAUUAUUUUUCUACAUCUGGAUCCUCCCAGAAUCUCCCAGAUGGCUUCUAACUAAAGGAAAACAUAAAAGAGCAAAAGAAAUCCUCCAAAAAGCAGCCUCAGCCAAUAAAAAGAAGUUUUCCGAGAAAUUGCUGACACAGCUACAAGAGGAAAAAGAAACACAAUCAACAAACAUACUAGACCUUUUCAGGAUUCCAACCCUAAGAAGAGUCACGCUUGUUAUGAGCUUUGUGUGGUUUGUGAACAGUCUUGUUUAUUACGGUUUGAGUCUAAAUGUUGGCAGUUUUGGGCUGGACAUAUAUCUCACCCAGCUCAUAUUUGGAGCAGUCGAAAUUCCAGCUCGCCUUGGAGCCAUGUUCAUAGUACAGAUCUUGGGACGGAAGCUCAGCCAGUCCAUGUGUUUAUUACUUGGUGGAACAGUUUGUCUUAUUUUAACUGCAAUACCAAAGACAUUACCUGUUGUAAUCACAGUGCUUGCUGUGAUUGGAAAAUUUGCAAUUGCAGCUUCAUUUUCUAUCUGUUACAUAUAUGCUGCGGAACUAUUCCCUACAAUUAUCAGGCAGAAUGGAGUGGGUGUCUGCUCUAUGACAGCUCGGAUAGCUGGGAUCAUUUCUCCCCUUAUUAGUCUUUUGGCCAAAUAUCACUCUGCUAUUCCUAUGGCCAUUUAUGGCUGUGGUCCCAUCAUUGGAGGCCUCCUCUGCUUCUUCCUUCCUGAAACACGGAACAGAGACCUGCAGGACCAUACACAUGAGGCAAAUGGGUUACCAAGGUCUCAUGACAUAUCAGAAGAGCAAAUAAUAUACGAAAGUCACCAGGAACAAGAAAUACAGAAUACAAAACAAGAGUACAAGAAAACCCGUUUAUAGUAGUUUUCUUUACC